ACAGAAGUGGCUGACUAGCUGGUGCAGGAGGUAAAAGGGUAGAUAACAGUGCUUCAAGUCAUCCUCCGACCGUACACGAACCAACAGUCAAUGACGGUCGGACUAGGUGGUGCUAAAGUUCACAUCUGUAGAGACAGGUUCUCCUCUAGGUAAAAGGUUAAACGCAAAAAUGCAAAACAACGGGAAACUUGCUGGUUUGACCCUGUUUAUAACUGGAGCCUCCCGUGGAAUUGGGAAAGCGAUCGCUCUGAAAGCAGCUCGCGAUGGAGCAAACAUUGUGUUGGCGGCCAAAACAGCCGAACCACAUCCAAAGCUACCAGGAACGAUCUACACAGCAGCUGCCGAAAUUGAGGCCGCUGGUGGAAAGGCCUUGCCGUGCAUAGUGGAUGUGCGCAGUGAGGAAGCGGUGCGGGCUGCAGUGAAGAAAGCAGUUGCCACAUUUGGCGGUAUCGAUAUCCUGAUCAACAAUGCGAGUGCUAUUUCGCUAACACCUACUGAGGAAACGGAUAUGAAGCGAUACGAUUUGAUGCACAAUAUCAACACCAGGGGAACUUUUCUCGUGUCAAAAGAAUGUCUCCCGUACCUGCGCAAGAGUCGACAUGCCCAUAUUUUAAACAUCUCGCCGCCGUUAAACAUGGAACCCCAUUGGUUUAGUAAUCAUGUUGCCUAUACGAUGGCCAAGUACGGGAUGUCAAUGUGUGUUCUCGGUAUGGCCCGGGAGUAUGAGACCGCCAACAUUUCUGUCAAUGCUUUGUGGCCCCGUACGAUCGUUUUUACUGCAGCGGUGGAGAUGCUUCACGGAAAAGAAGGUCAUUCCUAUGCGAGAAAACCCGAUAUCAUGGCUGAUGCUGCGUAUGCGAUUUUAUCUCGCCCACCGGGAGUUAGCACCGGCCGGUUCUUUAUCGACGAUGAAGUACUAGCGGAAGAGGGGGUGAAAGAUUUUGCCCAGUACGCUUGCGUUCCUGGAAAUGCGCUUAUUCUCACCCCGGAUAUUUUUGUUAACGAAAAGAAGGCAAAACUGUAAAACAAAAGUUAUCGGUUCAACAAUAAACAUGCAGGUGGAGGAUAUGCUA